CGAAUUUUCCGAGGAAACAAAAAAACAAUUUUAAUAAAUCCGAGCUUAAAAUGAUAAUUUAGUCAAAUUAGACUAUUGAAACGAGUUAAAAACGUACAAAAUAGACAGUUCCAGUUGAUUCCGUUAAAAAUUAUACGAGAACAUCCAGCAUGAGAGAAAAACUGUUAAUUUUGUUAUCUUUGACCAUUAUUGCCAUAAAUAGGGUAUCAAGUGCACACGAUACAAGCUUUAAAAUUGAAUCAGUUGAACAAAUUCACAUCCAUGAGCUUUUUACGUUAAUGAUUAAGCCAACAUUAUUUAAUUUUUCAAACUCACUGUCCAAUGAACAAAUUCGAUAUCGACCAUCUCUUCUAGGUCGACCAUCUCUGCCAAGCUGGAUGAAUUUCCAAUUUUCUAAGGAACGGAAUCUCGGCUAUCUUUAUGGAUCAGCGACUGAAAAGUAUGCAAAUCGUGAAAUUAAAAUAGAAAUUAUUGCACUUAAUAAGCUUACGUAUGAGACUCAGCGAGUAGUCAUUCCAUUUCGUAUAUCCUUUAAACCAGCACCAAUGAAUAGAAUUGAAAUGAAAAUAACGAAUUAUAAUUGGGAGCACAUGACAGACAUGGGACGUGUGAAGAAUUUAAAAGGAAUCUUUAUGGAGUUAUGGCCUGAAAGUUAUAGAGAUUUGAGUAUUGUCUUUAUGGAAUCAGCUGUAAGACUUGGUGCUCGAUUACCUUUAAAACCAUCAAAUAGGGAAGGAGUGAUUGUCCAUUUAGGCAGUAAUGCACAACUAUCAAGUCGUUUAAUUGAACUUGAUCAGGAAAUUAAACCUUUGUCAAAACUGUCAACUUGCACGUUUAAAAGAACUAAGGUCCAACAGAUCUUUCAAAGUGCAGGUUUUAUGAUCGAUUGGUGUGCAUUUAAAAUUAUUACACAAGAUGAGACAUCCACAAUGUCUGAAGAAUCAACUGUGCAACAUGAAUCAAGCAUGUUGACUAGCAAAACAUGGAAUGGAAUUGCAAAAGAUGAACUUCCUGCCAGGAAUUAUAGCGAGGAACUUGCUGUCUCAAUUGCUAUUCCAGCUGUCAUUUUCUCAUUCGUUGUUGCUUUAUUGACAAUCAUCUUAUGUUUCCAUCACGAGAAAUUUGAACAACCGAAAUCUAAAGAACCUGUUCAAAUGGUGCAAUAUUCAGGAACAAAUAAAACACCACCCACAACAACAUUAAAAAGUCUUCAUGAUCCAUAUUCUGACAAUUUGAGUCUUGACUCGGACAGCCCAUCAACAAACAUUUUUCAAGAAGGAAGCCCAAAACUCAAUGCAUAUUACAGGCCAAAUCCGCCAGCUUAUACAGGUAAAAUCACAUUUCAAGGACCAUCAACAUCAACAGUUCGCUUUGACAAGGAUAUUUGACAAAGUGUUCAACAUCCACAACCGAGAAUUCUUUACUGUUGAAGAGUCUACAGAAAAUUAAUUAAUUAAACUAUCAAUUCAAUUGACAUAUCUCAAAACAUUUACUCUACAUAACUUCGACCAUCGACUUUAAGAUGUCUUUUUACAAAAAAAUAAAUUAGAAAUGAAUUAUUAAGUAUGACUAUUAAUUGAUGUUAAGAAUAUGCAAAAAAAAAAUAAAUUAAUUAAACUAACCACAUUGACGAGACAUGGAUAAAUUGUAGAAUAGCUUUAAAGUGAC